ACUCAACUAUGAAUAGCUUUGUAAAUCAUGGUGCUUUAAUAAAAGAAAAAUGAUAGUGAAGAAAAACCCUGUAACAAUAAUUCUUAACACCUGCGGAACUGACACUUCUCUGUCGCGAACUGAAAGCGGACACACCUGUGCACGCGUUUGAUCCCGACACAUAUACAACAAACAGGCAGAUAAGCCCGGUUCCAGAGCUGGGUCGACUUGACGGAUACAUAACAGGGUUGCGGACAGCAAAAUUCCUCCUACGCGCUUACACCUGCUCUUCCGCCCUCCGCUCGAAAAAGGGGUUUCCAGAGAGUUCUGCGGCGGGACACACGAAGGAAGAGGAGCAGCCGGAUUCCGUCCUAGGUUGCGCCACCUCCCUGGUUCCCCGUUCUGCUACCACCUUCGACGCCCGCUUCCCUUUUCUGCCUCCACCGCGUCCGGGUUGGCUCCGCUCGGGCGAGACAGCCCGACUCUCCCCACCCCUCUACUCCCCACUUCACUAUGGAAACCCUUAGCGGGCGACCCCGGCGCCGCGUCACCAAGGAGACGUCCCCGCGCCGGCCGCCCCGCCGGCGCCGUGACGCCACCCGCGCGCCGCGAUGACGUCAGUCCCGUGCGCCGCCACCGCCACGGUCGGGCGGGGGGCGGGGCCGCCAGCGCUGACUGGCCGGCCGGGGGCGGGGCCGGGGCCAGGGUCUCUCGCUCGAGGCCUCCGCGGCCAUCGCUGCCCGUUCGUCUGUGCUCGCCCGUCCCGCUCGGCGCCGUCCCGGGCCGCCUGCAGCCAGGUGGCAUCGCCUCCUGAAGGUGGCUUAGGGGGCUGGGCCUCCAGCGUAGCGCAAUGUCAGGCCUUGCGACCGCCGUGUGAAGCCGAGGCCGCGGCCGUGGCGCUGGGCGGCGGCGGCGGCGGCCAGUCCGGGUCGAGUCCGCUCAUGGUGCCGCCACGACGCCAUCGCGGGGCAGGAAGGCCAGGUGCGCUGACUUCUUCACCUCCUUUUAGACUCGGCUCUGCCAAGUUUUCAGGCCUGGCUCUUGAAGACCUCAGGAAGGCCUUGAAAAUAAGACUUCAAAUGGUAUGUGUAUUUAUCAUGAACCGAAUGAAUUCCCAGAGCAGUGGUUUCACUCAGCGCCGGCGACUGGCUCUUGGGAUUGUUAUUCUCCUACUUGUUGAUGUGAUCUGGGUGGCAUCCUCAGAACUUACUUCGUAUGUUUUCACUCAGUACAACAAACCAUUCUUCAGCACCUUUGCAAAAACAUCUAUGUUUGUUUUGUAUCUCUUGGGCUUUAUUGUUUGGAAGCCUUGGAGACAGCAAUGUACAAGAGGAUUUCGAGGAAAGCAUGCAGCUUUUUUUGCAGAUGCUGAAGGUUACUUUGCUGCUUGUACAACAGAUACAACUAUGAAUAGCUCUUUGAGUGAACCUCUGUACGUUCCUGUGAAAUUUCAUGAUCUCCCAAGUGAAAAGCCUGAGAACACAAAUGUUGAUACUGAAAAAACUCCCAAAAAGUCACGUGUAAGGUUCAGUAAUAUCAUGGAGAUUAGACAGCUUCCAUCAAGCCAUGCAUUGGAAGCUAAGUUGUCACGCAUGUCAUAUCCUACUGUGAAAGAUCAAGAAUCAUUAUUCAAAACUGUGGGGAAACUAACUGCAACUCAAGUAGCAAAAAUUAGCUUUUUUUUUUGCUUUGUGUGGUUUUUGGCAAAUUUGUCAUAUCAAGAAGCACUUUCAGACACACAGGUUGCUAUAGUUAAUAUUUUGUCUUCAACUUCUGGACUUUUUACUUUAAUUCUUGCUGCAGUGUUUCCAAGUAACAGUGGAGAUAGAUUUACUCUUUCCAAACUAUUAGCUGUAAUUUUAAGUAUCGGAGGAGUUGUGCUGGUAAAUCUGUCAGGGUCUGGAAAAUCUGCUGGAAGAGAUACAGUAGGUUCCAUUUGGUCUCUUGUUGGAGCCAUGCUCUAUGCUGUUUAUAUUGUUAUGAUUAAAAGAAAAGUAGACAGAGAAGAUAAGUUGGAUAUUCCAAUGUUCUUUGGUUUUGUAGGUCUGUUUAAUCUGCUGCUCUUAUGGCCAGGUUUCUUUUUGCUUCAUUAUACUGGAUUUGAGGACUUUGAAUUUCCCAAUAAAGUGGUAUUAAUGUGCAUUAUCAUUAAUGGCCUUAUUGGAACAGUUCUCUCAGAGUUCCUGUGGUUGUGGGGUUGCUUUCUUACCUCAUCGUUGAUAGGCACACUUGCACUGAGCCUCACGAUACCUCUCUCCAUAAUAGCCGAUAUCUGUAUGCAAAAGGUGCAGUUCUCAUGGCUAUUUUUUGCAGGAGCUAUCCCUGUAUUUUUUUCAUUUUUUAUUGUAACUCUUCUCUGCCAUUACAAUAAUUGGGAUCCUGUAAUGGUGGGGAUCAGACGAAUUUUUGCCUUUGUAUGCAGGAAACAUCGAAUUCAGAGGGCUCCAGAAGAUAGUGAGCAGUGCGAGAGUCUCAUCCCGAUGCACGGUGUUUCUCAGGAGGAUGGAGCUAGUUAGCUGCCGCCGUCUGUAGCUCAGAGAAUGGAACAUUAUAAAGCGAAGAGACAAUCUCUGGCAAGAUUUUUAGAAAAAUGUUUCAGUGCCUAGUCUGAAAAUAACAGUUUCAGUUCUUUGGAACUCUAAAAGUAUAUUUUCCGUGUAUCUGUUUUCUUCAUUUUCAAAAUGAAGAACUUUGUUAUGUAGCUGUAUAUAUAUAUAUCACUACAGUUAUAAGAAGUUCCUGUCCACAGGACCAACCUGCCUUACACAUCUCAAGAAAUUCAACUGGUAAAAUAAUUUGAGUUAAUCAAGGAAUAAAAUCCUAAUGUCUGGUGACUUUAUCUUGCACAUAUAUUUGUUAAAUUCUCGAUUAUAUUAUGAAAAUAUUUUCCAGAAAUCAUUUAAGUAAAUAGAUCCAUGUUUCUUACAGGCAAAAUGCUAAAUAAUAUGCCUAUAAUAGGUGCAGAUUAUAUUUUGAGUUUUGUAGAAUAUUGAAAAUUAAUGCAAAAAAAUUUAAUUUAUAUCAAGUAUGUUCAUGCAAAACUUUAGUGAAAUUUUUAAAAGAAUCAAUAUUUGAGAAAAAGAUUGGUUCACUUGUACUACAUUUAUUGUAUUAUCCCUUCAUAGCAUUAGGUGCCUUGUAUUUUAAAUCUGUGACAAACCAUUUUUAAAGGGGAAGUAUUAUAAAGUGAGAAAUUAUGUAUUUCUAAGGCUGUAUUACUGUAAAUUUAAUUGAUAAAAAGCUCUGUUUUCUUUAGAGUUUUAAAUAAAUAUUCUCUCUUCAAUUAAGAAAUUUUCAUAAUGGAAUGAUUUUAAUUGAAGUCAUAAAUGGAUCAUUAAAAUAAAAUGUUUAUAUGUA